AUGGUACAAAAGCCUAUUUUCUUUGAACAAGUUAAGUCAUGCAUCCUAAGCUUUCAUAAUACUAAUGACAAGAGUGUCACGGACGAAACGCAUUUUUUACAAAGCUUAUGUGAGGCUAUAGAAUCUGUCCUACGCAUGGGACUAAAGUGUAGUCAUCGCCUAGUAAAGCGAAAGGAUUAUUGGAACUGGAUGAAAAGCAUUCCACGCAUUUGCGAAAAAUGGGAAAUAUUUGUCCACCCAAGUUACUUGCAGGCAAUCAAUCACGUUCACAAAUGCCGUAGUGUCACCACUGCUCAAGGACGUGGGCGUCUCCUUAUUCGUAUGUUAUUGAGUUCCGGGACUUUGGAUUUCCCAUUUAAGUUACUGCUAAAUAACAUGCAUUUAUCAGCUGCAUUCUAUGAGGAGUCCGAGUCAGUUAUGGGGAACGAUAUUCUUAUUCAAAUAUUUUGUUCUCUUGUCAGUGAGGUUUGUCGGAUUCCUUUUAAUUUGAAUGUGGAUAAUACGGAAUUCCUUGAUGAAACAUGGUGUCUUCCAACAUUUAAGACGUUUACAUUCGUUCCAUGCAAAAUGCUUGGUGCUCGUGUCGAAACGGUAGAUGGCCAUUAUUUAGUUACAGAAGUAGAUCCUACUGGAGUUGUUGCAGAAGAUCAUCAGAUAACUGUUGGUGAUAUUCUAUCUACCAUGUAUGGUUGUAUAUUACACAAUUCUGGACUCUUUUUAAAUAAUCUUCGAUCUCUUUAUGAUGGCCAACCCAUUCCAGUUGGUGUUACGAAAGCUCUAAUGCCUGACGGGCGUAUAUAUCCCCGUUUAAGAUCUCUUUUAGAACAAUAUGGUUAUGUCAAUUUGAUUACAGACCUCGAAAGAUCAGGACCAGUUCAUAUUAUUGACAAUUCGAAGUUCCUCAAUCAGGAACCUUGGUAUCAUUUUCGAUAUAUUGGACAAUGUGAAGUGGGUUCAAAUGGUGGAGUUAAUUUGAUAAAUCAAUCUAUUGUUUCUGUUCUAAGUAAUUUAAAAAAUUCAGAUGAGCAAUGUCCUGUGCAAAUUGAAUUGGGUGAAUUGGGAGUGAUUGUAUGGCAGUUACAGCGGAAAGAUAAUAAAGUUUGUCGUAGUGAAGAACCUCUUCUACGUCAUUCCUAUCCACAAAUAUCUUCAUGCGGUCGAAGAACCGAUGGGACCAAUUAUUUUGCAUAUAUAGCCGGUGAGGAAUCAUGCACUACAGCUAGUCAUUUUACAUGUUAUGUAUUUGAAUCAACGGAUAAAGAAGAAGCUAGAAGAAUUAUAUCCGGUUUAUCAAUGGGCUUUGAUAGAACACAUUGGACUUUAUAA